AAUUGUGAUGAAAAAUAAACGUUCAGUGCCGCUCCUGCCUGACAGGUGGCGCUGAACGCUGCUCGAAUCCGCGCUUCAAACGACGAGGAAGAAACUCGACAGAGCGCGCGGCGGAAACGACCACGGACAGUAAGAUCUCGCUCCGAGCGAAUAAUGGCAUCCAAAAAGCCGUUAAAUAUACGUAGAGUAGAGAAAACCGCUUCAAGCGACUCAAAAAAUUUAUCCACUGAAAAUGAAGGCAGCGGAAAUAACAGCGGUGCGGAGGAGGAAACCAAAGGCACGUUUGUGAAGCCUAGAUUCAUGCAAACUGAAACAAAGGCUCCUACAAAGGGCAGUGUACAGCAGCAGUCAGUGCUGAUGCCACCCAGACCGUCCUCUCCCAGAGCGAGCAACCCGCGAAAGCCAAGGGAAGGCAUACAUCCGAGACGAACAAUAAGCUCUUUAGCAGAUAAUGACUCUGCAUUGGUCGCAAGCAUUCUGGAGUCCUCAAAUGUGGGAGGAAGUGUCUUUCAGUCGACUGUUUUGGAUGGUCACUGCAUUCGUCCAGAUUUUGAUGUCUCUGUCAUUAAUGAUAAAGUUGCACAGCCAAACACAGUGGACCCUGAUAACGAGGAAAGGGACAUAGCGACGGAGACCUUUAUUUUGGCUUUCCUCACUGCUAAGAUUGAGCACAACACCGAAAAAUGUAGAGAGGAGGCUGAGAGGAACAUUCUGGCUGUGAUGGAGAAAGAGCAGCAGUUAUCCGCUCAAGUUAGUCGCAAGAAACGCCAGUAUCUGCUGCUGGAAAAGCAGAAACAGCUGAACAGUCUACUGGACUUACAGAUCGAGGCUUUAGGUCCCGUUGCUGCUGAAGUAAACACAUUUGCAGAGGACUACGAGUCUUUUGCCUCCGCCAUUGAUGCCACGAGACACAAGCUUCCUGUGAAGAACGUGGACGCUGGAGAGGACGCAGACCAGUUUUUAGAAAAGGCUGUUGAAUCUCUGAAUCGGAGUGAGCGUGUCUUGCAACGUUAUACUGAAGACGUUUCCACUGAUUGUGAGGCUUCAAAACGCUGUCUCAAAGAGAUGGAAGACACGGCUAAUGAAAUCAGCCAACAGGUGACGAGGACUUUUUCUGAUCUUCUAGAGGUGUCCUCGCUUGUAAGCCGAGAGACGGUUUUGAUCAAGCAGUCACUGGAGGAAGAAGAGAUCGGACCGAGCACAGCCCAGGCUCUCUUCUGUCCCUCUGCGCUCUGAUACAUGAUCACAUCUGUUUACAGUUUAAUAGAUAGCGUGUUAAUAAUCAAUGGAUAGUAGGUAUUUAUUUCAAACAUUGUGACUAAUAGCUAUGUGUUCGAUCAGCCCGGUCGUGCAGUGUAUUUAAUAAAACAACAACCAUAUUAAUUCAUGUGUGUUAUAAUUAGUUUGUUUAAAUUAAAAGAAGAGCCCAAACAGUAUGUAUCUGUGUAUGUAGAUAGAGAAGCAUGUGAUACUGUAUUCAUAUUCUGUUAAUAACUGUCUUGCCCAGUGUUCAUUUGCACAUUUCUACAUUGGACAAAAAAACAAGCAAAACCGUUUUCAGUCAUGAAAACAUGAAAGGUCCCAUGUUCAAAAAAAGUAGAUUUUAUUAUUAUAAUUUAUUAACGGUGAUUUGAUUAAAUGUUCUUAACAUAAUAAAUCUAAGAGAACCCUU